CACGCGCCAUUAAACAAACAGAAGAAGAAGAAGAAUGACGUCACAGGAGAGGUGAAAAACAUGGCUGCCCUCGACGAGUCGAGACGUUUUUCUUAAUUUGAAGUGUUUAAUAUCCACUUCUGAACGAUCAUGCUUACCAUGGACAAAGUAGAGAACAUUGUGCCAUCUGCUGAGGAGGAGAUGGAGGAAGAAGGAGACAAGGAGGAAGAAAAGGUAGAUCAGGAAGAAGGUAAACAAGAAGAUCAUGGACUACAGGAAAGUGGAGUUGAAAAGGAAACGAAAGAAGAAGCAGUGCCGCCGGCUGCAGCUCAAACCAAAACGGCUAAAAAGAAGAAAAAGAAUCCCUUUCCUGUGAAAACCAAAGAGAAAAGGCCGGACGAAGGCCUGAACCUCAACAACGAGGUGGUGAGGAUGAGGAAGGAGGUGAAGAGGGUGAGAGCGCUGAUCUUCAGGAAGAUGACGCGACAGGUUGCCGCCCUGAAGAAGAUGAAAGGGACGGAGAUGGAGAUCGAGAAAAACCAGAGGAGAGCUGCCAGACUGCUGGAGGAGGUCCACGCCAUGAAGGGCCUCUCCCCUGACGUGGUGACCAAAACAGCUCUUCAGAAGAAUCUGAACUUUGAAUAUGUGUGUAAAAACCCAAAGUCUGAUAUAUCUGAUCGGGCCACGGCGCGCAUCGCUACUCAUCCUCAGUUCAAGAAGAAGAUCGAGACCAUCAAAGCAGCUGUGAAAGCCUUCAAAGAAGAGCGGAUGAAGGGAGGAAAGCAGGGAAUUAAAGAAAAGCCGCAAAAUAAACCUGUCAAGGUGACGCCUCAGACACCGGAGAAAAAGGUAGAGCGCAAGAGUGAGAAAGUAGAGGAGGAUGUUGAAGUGGAGCGACAGGAAAUCAUAGAGGAUAAGAAAGUCGAGGAUAUCGUUAAAAACACUGAAAAGGUAGCUGUUGUCGAGCCUGAGAAGGGAAGCGUGAAAGCAACUCCUUCAGCUGAUGUGGAAAUAAAGGAAAUGCCCGAGUCUAAGAUCGAAAAGGGAAGCGUGAAAGCAGCUGAUGUGGAAAUCAAAGAAAUGCCCGAGUCUAAGAUUGAAAAACCAGCCGCAAUAAAAGUAAGUGAAGAAAAGGACAAUGUGAAAAACACACCUAAAAGUAACGUUGGAGAGAAGAAACCGGAGACAAAGCCGGCACCUGAUUCGCUCCAGGAAACAAAGAAGGAGGUGGAGAGCGAUUUAGAGAUUUCGGACGACGAGGAGAAAGAGUACUUUGACGACAGCACGGAGGAACGGUUCCACAAACAGUCCUCUCACUCGGAGGAAAGCGACGACGACGACGGCGGCUUCUUCGUCGGGAAAGUGAGCAAAUGCAAGAGGAAGAGAAAGCAGAAGAGUGGAGAUGGGGAGAAGUCACAUAAGCAAAGUGAGGUGAAGAGUUCAGACCCAGUUCAAAAUGAGCUGGAUGAGCUCGAGACCAGGCUGAAGUCGAAAAAGAACUCGUUUCAGUCCGUUUUCUGUCCUUCCCUUUCUUCGUCUGGAGGAGGGAGAGGGAGAGGGAGAGGGGGGGAUAGAUUUAUGAGUCGAGGGAAUCCAAGAGGUGAUGGAGGUCCAAAUAGAGCUUUCAGGCGAGAGUCCAAGUUCCAAAAUCAAGAGGAAGACGGAGGAGGAGAAAGAAAUUCAGGCUCCAAAUACAGUAAGCCGUCAGAGGGGGGAUUCAGAGGGAGAGGGAGAGGGAGAGGAGACUUUACGAGGCAAAGUGACCGGAGAGGGAGAGGUGGAUUUUCCCAGCAGCCACCAGAAGAGGCUUUGCAUCCAUCUUGGGAGGCGAGUAGGAGAAGGAAGGAGCAACAAGGACAGAUCCUGGCCUUCCAGGGCAAGAAGAUCAAGUUUGACGAUUAGUUGGUGGAACAUUUUGUUUAUUAACGCUGAAUACUUUUUGGUUUAGCGUCUGUCGUGCGUUAUUCGGGAUAUCUGGUUCAGUGACAAAUGUGUUGUGCCAUGAAUGUAAUUAUUUCUUAAACGGUAAUAGAAUUUGCGCUGAACGUGAUUGAUAUAAUAAAACAUAACGUCAACAGUUGAAAUAAAAUGUCCUGACUGACAUUGCUAUAAAAUGUUACUCAUAUAUUUA